AUGAAUCUAGCGCAGAAGGAUACUGUUGAUGAGUAUCGUGCUCAGUUUGAGGAGUUGUCCAUUGAACUUCCCCAUGUUCCAGCCGAUGUCUUGGAAGCAGCCUUUCUCAAGGGGUUGAAAAAGAGCCUGAGGGAUCCGGUAGUCCGAUCGAGACCUAUAGAUCUUAUUGCGAUGGUAGACAUGGCUCGUUUAGUGGAGGCUCAGGAGUCAGAGAACGUGGGCUAUCAGGCACGAAACUUUUCUCGUCCGGUGAUAGGCAGUGCUUCCCAACAAUAUUCCACUACUCAACGGGGAAAUGAGUGGAACCCUGGCAAGAAACCUUUUGAUAACUCCAAGGAGAUUCGAAAAACCAACACGGGGCAGGAGAACAAAGGGUUUAAUCCUUGUAGACAUUGUGGGGAGAGGUGGUCGCUGGGACACAAAUGUAAGCCUCAGCAUCUGAAAUGUUUGGAAAUGGAUGAGGAAGAAGAAACUGAACAUUUAGCCAUGGAGGAACAAGAGCCCCAGGAGGCAGGGUGUGAAAACAAGGAGAAGCAGGAGGUUUACACCUUAACUCGGGGAUCUAUAGCUGGGAUGACUUCGAAGAAGGCCAUGAAAAUGAAGGGACAGAUACUUGGCAGAGAAGUCGUGGUGUUGAUAGACUCGGGAGCUACCUGCAAUUUCAUUUCCAACCGGUUAGUCAAGAAAAUGGGGUUGGCCAUCACUAGUAACAGGGAGUUUGGAGUGAUAGUUGGCGGAGACCAGAUCCUUAAGGGGAGAGGUAAGUGUAAUGGAGUGUUGUUGGACAUACAAGGCAUUGAGAUCAUGGAGGAAUAUUCAAUCUUCGAGAUAGGAGCCACCGAUGUGAUCUUGGGGUACGGUUGGUUGGAAACGCUGGGAGACACUCGCAUCAACUGGCUCAAUCGCACUUUAAGCUGGAAGAUCGGUAGGUUGUGGGUAACACUGGUGGGUGAUCCUGCUCUGUCUAAGGAAGAGGUUUCUCUCAAAUCCAUGGAACGGUUGAUGCAACACAGUGGUGAAGCGUAUCUGUUGGAGCAGACCACCCUAUUCCAAAACAAUGAGCCACCCUCCAAGAAACCCCACGCGCAGGAGAUACAGUCAGUCGUGAGCAAAUAUGAAGGCGUUUUCGAGCCACCUUGUGGAUUAUCUCCUAAGCGCAACAGGGAACAUGCCAUUACAUUACAAGCAGGCACCUCCCCGGUGAAUGUGCGACCCUACAGGUACUCCUUUAUCCAAAAGAAUGAGAUUGAGCAUUUGGUGAAGGAGAUGUUGGAAGCUCAGGUGAUCAGACCUAGCAUCAGCCCUUACUCGAGUCCAGUACUACUUGUUAAGAAGAAGGAUGGAGGAUGGCGUUUCUGUGUAGACUACCGAGCCCUGAACAAGGUAACUAUCCCAGAUCUUUACCCCAUACCGGUGAUAGAGGAGCUCCUCGAUGAGUUGAGUGGGGCCACUGUGUUCUCCAAGAUUGAUCUGAAGUCAGGAUACCAUCAGAUCAGAUUGAAGGAAGAAGAUGUGGAGAAAACAGCUUUUAAAACUCACCAUGGGCAUUAUGAAUUUCUAGUCAUGCCUUUUGGCUUGACCAAUGCACCGUCGACCUUCCAAAGUAUUAUGAAUGACCUCUUCAGGCCUUAUCUGCGAAGGUUUGUGUUGGUGUUCUUCGAUGACAUUCUGGUUUACAGCCCUGAUGUCCAAACGCAUAAGACGCAUUUGGAAACGGUACUCUAA